AUGCUAUUUCCUACAAAUGAGCUUGCAAAGAUGACUGAAAUAGAUGUUUUGUUGGCACAAGACACUGCACCGGGCCAGUGUAUCAUGGCCAGGAAACCAGAGGUAUAUAAGGAGGAGUAUAGCAUGUAAUAGUCAUCUAGGUCUCUGAAAUCUGAGUCAGAGCUCCAUUUAAGUCUACUUUUCACUCCUUUGCUGUAUGCCCUCAGAAUUUCAUCAAUUUCCAAAGAAAGCUCAGACCUCAUAAGAGCCAACAAAUAGCAGUUAAUGGACUCUUUCAAAGGCUUGUUACAGGAUAUUGGAAAUAA